UUGGUAAACAGCAAAGUUGGCUGAUUUCAAGCCUAAACUCUGAACAUAACCUGAUCUGGAGCAGGUUAUUUCUGCAGCAUAAGUUCCCCUUUGGUUCUCCUCCUAAGUGGAGUUUUUGGACCUGGAAACCUCACAAACAUGGCCUCAGCCACACUUCCCAAGUCCACCCUCAUCAAGUCAAUUAACAAUCUGCUACCAGGGCAUUUAUGAAUAACCCUGCCCAUCUCCAGAAGUUUAGUUCCUAACCCUAUUUAUAGAGGUUAGCCCAACUAUAUCUAGGUGGUAGCAAUCCACCUCCCUCACUAUCUGUCUGUCCGUGCCCUCAACCUGCUGCCUGGCUCACAAUGCAACUGACCCCUGUGAAUUCUGGUCCCACAGGGCUAUGCACAUGUUCACAUAUUAGUGGGGUUGUGGUUUUUGAAAAUGUUCUAAUGUAGCUCUCUCUGCUCUUUGCCCCCGAUCUCCUCCCUCAUUUUCUAUUUCAGGAGCUGAGUCUGACAAGAAGACGUCUGAUGAGAAGGCCAUGGUGUUGAUCACAGGACUUCCUGAGAGCGGCUGGUCAAAGAACAGCAUCAUUGAGCUGGUGCAGCCCUUUGGAACUCCCUCUGACAUCAUCCAGGCAGCACACAUCGGAAAGGUUAUUGUGUCAGUGCCAGACAUGGAGAUUGCUCAAGAGAUGGUAAAAGUCCACUCCUUCACUCCUGCCAGGAUAAAUGACUCAGAGCUGAAGAUGAUCCCUCUCAACCAGCGGAUCAGUGUCGGAACACCGGUGGCUCUCUACAAUCUUCUGAUGGGAUCAGUGGACCCAUUAGAGAGUUUUGCUGCAGUCGCCUGGAACUGCCUGCUGGUGAUCAGAAACGUUCCCAACACGCCGUCCGGCUGCUCCGAGGUCCAGAAGCUGGUGCGACGCUUUGGGACCGUCAUCAAGACCCUAGUGCUCAACAAACUGGUCGUUUGUGAGAUGGCAACAGCAGCUAUGGCAUUGUCUGUUCUGAAACGCUUCAGGAAUUUUCCGUGCAUCAUCCAGAACAACCCUCUGUUCUUCUCCCGCAAGCCGGACCCCAGAGCCCGCACACAGACCAAAGUCAUCACUGAAUCCUAUGAUCCAUCUGAGAAUACACCUUUGAAAGGCAGCCAGGCGGAAACAGCUGAAGAAGAGUCGGUCCAUAAAGAGAGCUCUGAAUCUCCAUUGGAGGUGAUUGAAAGAGACGCUCACGGGCAGGAAGAGGAGACAAAUACAGCUUUUAAAGGUGAAGUCAUGGGACAAGAGUCGAGUAAAGACUAUGUGAUCCAAAAGGAUGAGACUCCUGCUCCUGCUUCUGACUCUCUGGCUGCACCGGAGGCCCAACCGGAGGCCCAACCGGAGGCCCAACCGGAGGCCCAACCGGAGGCCCAACCGGAGGCCCAACCGGAGGCCCAACCGGAAGCAGGCCCGGCGACAGACGUGAGGGAAGAUUCAGUUGAAACUGUCCUGGAGGCCUCGGAAGAGAACAUGGACGUCACUGCAUCCACAGCAGGAGAUGAUGGGAUUCCUGCUGAUGAAGGAAGAAGGCCAUCCAUCUCUGAGGGGAAAGCAGCUUCCCAGGAGACGGCCCUGCCCGAGCUCCCUAAGGUUACUCAAGCGAUGGUUAACGCACUGCUUGUGGAGUGCAGAACUCACCAUCCCAACAACAGAGCAGCUGCUAAUGGAGAACCAAGGGAAAUCCAGACGGAGACAGAGCAGCGGGAGAAAACAGCUGAGGAGACAACAGAGCCCACCAACAACAACACAGAGGAGGGGGGGAAGAUGCAGGAGAGGGAGAGAAAAGAGAGGGAGGCCAGGAAGGAGAAAGAGGUGAGGGAGAGAGAGAGGAAGGACAGGGAGAGAAGGGCCUUGGAAAAGGAGGAGAGGGCCAGGCGAGAUAAGGAGGAGAGGGCCAGGAGGGAGAGGGAGGACAGAGCCAGGUGGGAGAGGAAGGACAGAGACAGAAGGGACAGGAAGAAAGCGCACGGGGAGGGGUCAAGGUCCUAUGGAAGAUCAGGGGGGUACAAGCAGAGCUCCUGGAGGGAGGAACCAAAGAACAGAACGGAGGAGGAGGAGAAUGACGACUUCCCCUUCAACAUGAGUGACUUUGUAACGCUGGAUGAAGUUGGAGAUGUGGCAGACCUUCCUUCCACUCCUCCCUCUGGUCCCACUGAAACAGCAGGGGGGGGGGAGGCUGCUCCCACAUCUGUCCUGCAGGCUGCUCCCACUUCUGUCCUGCAGGACACUCCAGAGGACACGCCCAUGGAGGUCACAACCGAAACAAUGAUGUCUGACACCCCGGGGCCCCGGCCGGAAGAGCACGCAUCAGAGUGUGAAGCUGUGACCAUGGUGACAGCUGAGACUUCCGAUGGUUUAGUGUCUUCAGAAUCAGCAGAUUCACAAACACACGUGCCUACAUGUCAACAGGCUGACAUCACUCCUGACACAGAAGCCACUCUGGACUCCAACACUGAGGGUGAAGUGCUUCCUGCAGCCGAGUCCUCAACACAUGAACCAGCAUCAGGAACAAUGACUUCAGAGAGUGAAAGAGAAGAGAAAGAGGACAUGGUGUCAGCAAAAACUGAGGAAGAGGAGACGGUUAAGGAUGAAGUGGGCCAAGCGGAGAAAGAAGAGAAGAGAAAGGAUCAAACUGAAAAGACAAAGGAACAUGACAAGCUGAAGGAUGAAGAGGACAACGCCGAGAAUCAGGAGAAGAUGAAUGAUGAACAAGAAACAACAGAGGAGCAGGAGAAGAUAAAGGACGAAGAGACGGGGGCUCCUGCUGUUGAGACAGGUAGGGUUUACUUCAGUUGUUUCAUCUCCAAAAAGAUUAGACUUACCACCAUCAGGACAAACGUGACAUACAUGACUACCCUGUUGAGCUAAAUCCAAACAUGAGGU